UGUCAUUCCUCCCUCUUUUGAGUCUAUACCACAUUCUUCUUCUUCUUCUUCUUUUUUUUUCUUUUUAAGAAAAAGAAAUCUCGGUGCGGAGAAUUAACAGUUAUGGCUGCUCCCCAAGGCUACCCUCUCCUCUGCUUGGAGAACCCCCUUCUGGAUAUCCAAGCUGUCGGUGACGACUCUCUCCUCGAGAAGUAUGGACUCAAAGCCAACGAUGCUAUCCUUGCCGAAGAGAAGCACAUGGGCCUCUACGAAGAAUUGCUCCAGCACCGUGAUGCCAAGCUGAUUGCUGGUGGUGCCGCUCAGAACACUGCUCGUGGCGCUCAGUACAUCCUUCCGGAUAACUCGACUCUCUACAUUGGCUGUGUCGGUAAGGACAAGUACGCCGACAUCCUCCAGGACGCCUGCAAGAAGGCUGGUGUCCACACCGAGUACCGCGUCGAUGAUGCUCAGCCCACUGGCAAGUGCGGUGUCAUUAUUACCGGCCACAACCGCAGCAUGUGCACUCACCUUGCUGCAGCCAACGAAUACAAGGUGGACCAUCUCAAGCAGCCUCACAUCUGGUCGCUUGUCGAGAAGGCCCAGUACUACUAUGUUGGUGGCUACCACUUGACAGUCUGUGUCCCCGCGAUCCAGGCCCUAGGUGAAGAGGCCGCUGCGAAGAACAAGGUCUUUAUGCUGUCUCUCUCCGCUCCCUUCAUUCCCCAGUUCUUCAAGGACCAGCUUGACAGUGUCCUCCCCUACACCGACUACACAUUCUGCAACGAGACAGAGGCUGUUGCUUACGCCGAGAGCCACGAAUGGGGCACCACCGACAUUGUCGAGAUUGCGAAGAAGCUGGCUCAGCUGCCCAAGAAGAACACCAACCGCUCCCGAAUUGCCGUUGUGACCCAGGGCACUCUGCCCACCAUCACCGCUACUGUUACCACCAGCGGUGAAGUCGAAGUCAAGGAGUUCCCUGUGCACGAAAUUUCGAAGGACGCCAUUAAUGACACCAACGGUGCUGGUGAUGCUUUUGCCGGUGGUUUCGUCGCCGGAGUUGUGCAGGGCAAAUCCCUUGAAGAGAGCGUCGACCUCGGCCAGUGGCUCGCGAAGUUGAGCAUCCAAGAGUUGGGACCUUCCUACCCCUUCCCCAAGCAAACCUACACUUCUGGACGCUCAUAAAUGUCCCUCUGGCACUACUCUCGCCAAUUGGCAAUAAAAUCUCUUCGACUUCAUCUAUUAUCAUUACUUAGGAUUCAACCUUCUAUACCCCCGUUGUCCUUGACUUAACGUCUUAGACUUUGCUUUGCUUAUUCUACUUACAUUACUCUUCAAGUGGAAAAGGCGCUACCAUCACAUUAUGAUAUUAUCUUGAUGAACACGCGAUAGACGGGAUCUGCAGAAAAAGGCGUUCUCAACAACGAUUUAAUAUUGAAUUUUAAUGCAUCUCUUGAAUUGUUCUCUUGCUUAUUUACUUAUGCAUCCGUUCGAUAAGUAUAACUUCAACACUAAAUGCCACAUCAUAAACGAUGCA